CUCUCUGCCUGAGCAAUGGCGGCCCCUCUCCCUCCCGUUUCCCGCCUUGAGCCCCAUCUCCCCCGCCGGUUCUGUGAGCCUGUGGCUGCUACGGCGAGGCUCCGACUGAUCUCCCAAACCUCAAAUGAAAACCAUCAGUUGUUCUCAACGCUUCUCGCCUCCAUAUUGACUAUUAUUUCCUCUAUGUGUCUUAUUUGUUAUCCCUAGCAUCGAGGUAACUUAUCAAACUGCCUACCAUCAUGAGCGAGCCUCGUUCCGCCCCACAAUCACCCUAUCGUGAAGCUUUCCUACGCCAUUUACAGCAAAAAGAGCGUCGCAACUGGGAGGACAAGAUAUUCUACCUUCCGAGCGACAUCAGAGCAUGGAUGAACAAGAAGUCGCCGGGCGAGGCGGUUACGAAUGUUGUGCGACUAGUCUCUUCCUUUUACGAUGGCGAUGGCUUCCCAAAGAUAACAGCCGAUAAAUGCACCAAGCACCAGCUCGUUCUCGCAGUUCUCUUACAUCCAGAUGUCAACUGUGGACACCUGAUUGACAUCUUCGUGCGAUGCAAUCUUUCCGACAAUUAUCUCCUCUUGUACGCCGACCCGAAGAGCCGAUACAAUUCCAUUGUGGAGGACUUGACGAAGGAGCGGCCGUUGCUUCCAAGGGGCUAUACACAAUAUGACUACAAGGCUGUCAUUGACGCAUUCGAUGAAGUUCGAUGGGCCUUUUGUCCUGCCUCUCUGGAACUUCACAUGGACACAGAUUUUCCAUCCGGGCCCUGCAUCCUUCCUUUCAUCCACGGAGUGGUGAUCAAUAAAAAGGGCGGAACUGCCAAUGUGCGCCAUUACAAAAUCCAGGAAGAUGUUGUGGAAUCGAAAGAGUUGAAGAAAGCCUUAGAGUCCUCCAAGCAUAAAGAUCCAAUUUUCGGCUUGUGUUACGAAUUCGCGAUCAAGUCUUAUGUCGCUGGUUGGGAAGAUAUAUAUAAGUUCGAAAGCGAGGCAUUUAGGGGCGUUCGUACCCAGGAGGGUGUUGUGAAGUAUCUGGGAGAAUACCACUUCAGGGAAGGGGGAGACACCUCACCGAACCACAACAUCAUUCUCGAAUAUGGCCAGCAAGAUCUCGAUGAGUACCUUGCAGACACAUACCCUCCGGUUUUGAACACUGAGAUCAUUGCUUUCUGGGAGGAUCUGUUCAAGGUGGCUGCUACCCUUAAGUCAUUGCAUCAAUUCGAAUACAAGGGCGAAGAUGGGAAAAUCCAAUACUAUAAGGGGUGAGUCCCCAUAUGCAAGUCAUAAGCCUCACUGACGCCAAUCUUACAGAUGGCAUGGUGACAUCAAGCCUGAUAACAUACUUCGAGUGCGUGGGGAGUUUAAACUUGCCGACUUUGGAUUCACAAAAUUCGAGAAAGAUGUGAUUGGAAGGACGAGUACGUUCAUACUUG